GCCCUCAUCUGGCAGGUCCAGUCAUCUUGAGCGGCGCACAAGGGAGGCGACGGGCAGGAAGCCUGCGGCCAGGGUACCGGGGGAAGUUCCCAAGGCCCGGCCCACCCUGCGGCGGGUGGCAAGUGGACUUUGCCCCCCGGAAGACGCCGUGCCACGGGGCCACCCUGUCGUGGGUGGCCGGCUGGGGACGCCGGCAGCUCCCCCGCACUUUGCCUGAGCACGCCAUGGCAGACCUUUGCCACGUGCCCCCCAAAGUCCUUGUCCCGGCCACCAACGAGACGCUGGAGCUGGCGCUGGGGAGCCGGGUAACGCUGAACUGCACCGUGCGAUGGGCGGCCGCCGAGCACUGCGAGCCCGUCCCUGCCUGGACCAAAGACGGGCAGUGGCUGGGCAGCACGAGCAGCCAGGACACCGCCUGGUUCUCCCAAAACGCCUCGGAGCGGCUCCUCACCAGCGUCCUGCAGCUCAACCUCACACACGACGCCGACUUCGGGGUGUUUGCCUGCUGGGUCAGCAACGCCACGGCCACCUUCACCCUGCGGCGAGCGGAGGUGGCAGGGCACGUGCCUGCGGUGCUGGCAGCCCUCCUGGUCCUGGCGUUUCUGGUGCUGCUGGCUGGGCUCUAUGUCCGUUGCCGCCUGACCGUGCUCCUCUGGUACCGGAACCGCUACGGCGAGCUGGAGAUCAACGACGGGAAGCUCUACGACGCUUACAUCUCCCACGCCACCACCCCGGAUGACCGAAAGUUCGUCCACUUCAUCGUGAAGCCGCAGCUGGAGAACCGCUACGGCUACAAGCUCUUCCUGGACGAGCAGACCAUCCUGCCCAACUCGGAGCCAUCGGCCGACCUGAUCAUGAACGUGAGCCGGUGCCGGCGUCUCAUCGUGGUCCUCUCCGUCGCGUACCUGGAGCAAGACUGGUGCAACAGCAGCUUCAGGGAAGGGCUUUGGAGGCUGCUGGAGCUUUCCAAGAAACCCAUCUUCAUCGUCUUCGAGAGCCAGUACCGGGAGAUCACCCACCCUGCUAUCAGCCUGCUGAAGCAGCACCGGAGCGCAGUGACCUUGCUGGUGUGGCGAGCCGGCUCCAUGACCCCGUCAUCGGACUUCUGGAAGGAGCUGUGCCUGGCCCUGCCCCGCAAGGUGUCCUUCCAGGGGACCAUGGGGGACCCCCAGACUCAGCUGCAGGAGGACAAGGACCCCAUGCUGAUCCUGCACAGCAGCUACCUGGACAGCGGUGGAGACCUUCACCCAGAUGGGGACCUCGGUACAGGCUUCCGAGGGUGCGUUUUCAGAAGCCCCCCACCUCCCCGCAUCGGCGGCCCCGGUGCUCCCACGGCUCUGGGUGCCGGCGCGACGGGGGACACGCAGCCGAGGGACGGCCAGAGACCCGAGCUCGACAUCUCAGACCUGGGGUCGCGCAACUACGGCGCCCGCACGGACUUCUACUGCCUGGUGACGGAGGAUGACAUCUGAGCGGGGCCGCAGGAUGGGAAAAGGCGGCAGCCCCCUUCCCUGCGGGGCCGCACAGACCCAGGUCACGGCCAGAGGAGCCCGGGCUUUGCGACGGGACCAAAACCAAGGUUCCAGGGCAGGGGGAAAGACAGGAGCUGGCUCCUUCUGGCAGCACGCUGCGUGGUGGAAAAGCAGCACCAGCGGACACCCCUGCCCCAAGCGCUCGGGCACCCUUGGGUGCUGGGCCCCCUCCCUCGCCGUGAGCAGCAGGGACAUUUUUCUCACAUGAUGGAGAAGCACUGGGAGGGGUGAUGCUCUCUGAGAGGCGAUGUACCCCAGUCCCAGUGGCUCAAGGGUUGGGAAAUGUCCCGGCUGCGGCACCCUCUCCCCCGUGGCAAUAAAAUGCUGCUGCACCGAG